AUGACGCUGUUGCAAAAUUGGGUCGAUGGCUUCAAACCCGCCAUUACUGAAGAAGAUUAUGAGCUGCAGUCCGAAAACGAGAAGCGACAUGAAUCGACCUUGAGCUACGAAGGCGAGAAUUCCGAUUCUGUCAACUCGAAAGACAUGAAAAACAUACCAGCCACGAAGCGGCCUAUUCUUAAAAAGAGUUUGAAAAGUCGCCACCUAGCUUUCAUAGCGCUCGGCGGCGGUAUUGGUACAGGUUUGUUCGUCGGCUCUGGCUCCACCUUAGCCCAUGGCGGACCUGGCAGUAUCAUCAUUGACUAUACACUGAUGGGAUUUAUGAUAUUGACUGUUUUGUUCGCGCUGGGAGAACUUGCAUCUCUAUACCCUCUCCCUGGUGCAUUUAGUGCAUACUCACGACGCUUUGUUGAUCCUGCGCUUGGCUUUGCUAUUGGAUACAACUACCUUAUGCAAUGGCUAGCUACCUUCCCAUUGGAAUUCACUGCUGCUACUAUUGUAAUCUCUUAUUGGAACAAGGAUGAAUCAAUGCCCAAUGGUGCCAUUGUGGCAAUCUUUUGGGUGUUCAUAAUCAUUUUGAACCUAUUCGGUGCGAGAGGCUAUGCUGAGUUUGAAUUUUGUGCGACCUCAUUGAAAAUGCUUACUUUGAUCGGCUUCAUUAUUUGUGCCGCAGUCAUUGAUUGCGGAGGUGCGCCGAACGGUGGCUAUAGGGGUGCCGGUACUUGGUACAACCCUGGCGCUUUUAAUAACAAUUUCAAGGGAUUUUGCAGUGUGCUUACAACGGCCGCUUUUGCCUUUACAGGAACAGAAGUGCUGGGUCUUGCGGCGGCUGAGUCAAGCAAUCCUCGAAAGUUCAUGCCACGUGCAUGCAAAUUGGUUAUGUAUCGUGUGAUCGUUUUCUAUGCCUUGUCCCUCUUCAUGGUCACGCUGCUUGUACCAUACGAUCAUCCUAUGCUAACGGUCGGAAAGAGUGGGAAUAACCCGAACAGCUCACCGUUUGUUCUCGCGAUCAAAUCCGGUGGAAUCAGGGUUCUCCCCGAUAUCGUGAAUGCAGUCAUCAUGUUGUCUGCCAUUUCGGUAUCCAAUUCGGCUGUUUUUGCUGCCAGCCGAACACUUCAUGCUCUUGCCGGUCAAGGAAUGGCACCUCAAAUAUUUACGUAUGUGGAUCGUGCGGGUCGCCCAUUGGUAGCUGCCAUACUGAGUCUUUUGUUCGGCGCGCUGGCCUUCAUGGUUUAUGUCGGUGAUGAUCAUGGCGCUGAGGUCUUCAAUUGGCUCUUGGCCAUUUCCGGUCUCUCUAUCUUAUUCACUUGGGCUUCUAUCUGUCUUUCACACAUACGCUUCCGUGCUGCAUGGGUUCGGCAGGGUCGUCCAUUAGCUGGCAUUCCCUGGCAGUCACCAUUGGGCGUGUAUGGAAGCUACAUUGGACUAAUCUUCAACGUAUUAGUGGUCAUUGCACAGUUCUACAAUUCUGCCUUUCCCAUUGAUGAAGGUGAUCUGACAUCUGACAGGCGCGCUUAUGAGUUUUUCUUGGGUAUGAUUUCACUGGUUGUUUUCUUGGUUUUCUUUUUCGCAUACAAAAUUGUUAAACGAACCAGGAUCGUUCCGCUAGAGGAAAUUGAUCUUGACUCGGGAUUGCGGGAGGUCGAGCCUAUGGAAGUUUUAGAACAAGAACGCGCUCAAAUACGGUCUCUACCUCUGGGAAAAAGGUUGCUUCACAUCUUUUUCUAG